CGCACCAACCAACCAACUCAGCCAGCCACCCCCCGGCUUUAAGGAACACACACCAAAAAAAGGAUAUCAUCACAGACUGACCAUAAUGGAUUCGUCAACAUCGCUGUAUUUGGUUUUGCUUAUAUUUGUGAUAAUUAAAGAAAGCUGCCAAGGACCACACGAAAAACGUUUACUAAACCACCUCUUAUCCACCUAUAAUACUUUAGAAAGACCUGUAGCAAAUGAAUCCGAUCCCCUGGAAGUGAAAUUUGGACUGACCCUACAACAAAUCAUCGAUGUGGAUGAAAAGAAUCAGAUUCUGACCACAAAUGCGUGGUUAAAUUUGGAGUGGAAUGACUACAAUCUCAGAUGGAAUGAUUCCGAGUAUGGCGGUGUCAAAGACUUGAGAAUAACACCAAAUAAACUGUGGAAGCCCGAUGUGCUCAUGUACAACAGUGCUGAUGAGGGAUUCGAUGGCACGUAUCACACCAACAUUGUGGUCAAACAUAACGGCAAUUGUCUGUACGUGCCCCCUGGUAUCUUCAAGAGCACAUGCAAGAUAGACAUCACGUGGUUCCCAUUCGAUGACCAACACUGCGAAAUGAAAUUCGGUAGUUGGACUUAUGAUGGAAAUCAGUUGGAUUUGGUUUUGAAUUCCGAAGAUGGAGGGGAUCUAUCCGAUUUUAUAACAAACGGCGAAUGGUAUUUAAUCGCCAUGCCGGGCAAAAAGAAUACCAUCGUCUAUGCCUGCUGUCCGGAACCGUAUGUGGAUGUAACGUUCACAAUACAAAUACGACGACGGACAUUAUAUUAUUUUUUUAAUUUAAUUGUGCCGUGUGUGCUGAUAUCCUCAAUGGCUUUAUUAGGAUUUACAUUACCACCCGAUUCGGGUGAAAAACUAACCUUAGGAGUUACAAUUCUUCUAUCGCUCACAGUGUUUCUCAACCUUGUAGCUGAGACAUUGCCCCAAGUAUCUGAUGCAAUCCCCCUGUUAGGUAGCGAUUGCAUUU